AUGUAUAUACGAGGAGUGAACUCGCAAGGAAGAUUCUUGGACAUAUUUGAAGUUGUUGAAUUUGAUCACGUGGCGUGCUCUUCGAGCAACGGAUUGGAAGGGACUUGUCUGCAUGAGUUUGACUGCCAAAAAGUUGGCGGAAUGGUAUUGGGUAGCUGUGCUGACGGGUUCGGAUCUUGUUGUGUCGUUCAAUUUAGUUGUGAUAGCAGAACAUCGGCGCCAGUCGGAUGGUUCACAAAUCCUGGCUUCCCAUCUCCAAGUUCUAACAGAAUGUCAUGUACCGCAUCUAUCGAUAAGGCGUCACGUGAUAUUACACAGAUUCGAUUGGAUUUUCAGAGUUUUGAGAUGCUACCUCCAACAGGUGGUAACUGCGAACAGGACCAAUUCAUAGUUACCGGACAAAACGCCAAUAACGUGAUCCCCAUCUUAUGUGGAAUUAACACAGGACAACACGUUUACAUCGACGUUGGACACGUGGAGGGGCCAGUCAACUUGUCUAUUCAAAGUAUAACCGCUGAUAAUAGAUUAUUUUCUAUAAAGGUUACUCAAUUAACACCGGCGGAUGAUCUAGCAGCUCCAGUUGGCUGCAUCCAAUACUUCACGGCAGUACAAGGGCAUCUAGAGUCAUUUAACUAUAGAGAUAGAUCUGAUACAAUUGUAGGAAAGAAACCGAGCUAUCUGAAUAAUUUGAACUACGCCAUGUGUGUAGAGCGACGACCGGACACCUGUAGCAUCACGUAUACAAAUGCUGGUGCUAUGCAGAUCGUAAAUUUUGAUAAUGAAGGAUUACCAGUGAUUCCUCCGCGACAGGCCGGAGUGGAGGUGUUCAACUGCCCUACAGACUGGCUCCUCAUAGCCGCAGUCAGGCUUUGUGGUGACAGAUUCAACGAUGGAACCGUAAUUCAGGACUUUACACUAGAUGCGCCCGUGACUGACGACAGCAACGGGCCGGUCGUGGUGUGGUUCCGGUCAGACAGUGUCUACAACGGCCGCGGCUUUAAACUUCAAUAUCAGCAGAAUUCCUGUUCUUCAACUUGAACUGACGC